AUGGACAGCUUUCAGAGCGUAGUGGCAGCUGUCGAAAUUGUCCAAGUGACCAUCAAAGUGCUUAGAGUUGGGUACGAUACUGUAAGCGAUGUCAAGCAAUAUGGGACCGAUGCAGCAAAACUCGGUCUCAAAUUUCAACAACUCUCUCAUCGCUACGACGCCCUCCAAAAGGUGCUUUUCGAAGGGGAGAAAUUCCCAUUUCUCCAUGGCAGAAAGCUUUUCGAAGUGCUUCCUGAUCAAAGCCAGAACAUCGUUGUUCAGCUUCUCCGGGAGCUUUUGCAAUUACUGUAUGCCCACUUCGCCCUGGAGCAGAAGUACGCGAUAUCUUCUGAGCCAUCUAGGACAAGAUCGGACUUCGCGACUCAUUUUGGUUUAACAGCAGGCGAGGAGAAGAUCUUAUUCCAAAGAAACACGUCAGGAAACGACCCGGAUACUUGUAAAAAAUCGCCCUUAGCAUCUGUUGUCGGAUGGUCUUGGGCUACUCGAGGGAAAAGGAAAGUUGUGCGUGUUAUUGAUGAAUUUGAAGACUGGCUGAAGCGGACCAAGGCCAUUCUAGAGGAUGCAUGGUGGCCGUUGCCCGUAUUCAACGUGCUGUCGAAUCUCAACACAUUGCAAUCUGACACUGACGCUCGCACUGCGGGUUUUGCGGCAUCAACGGCGAUACGGAAGCUAUUAAUUGACCAGACAAAGUUGCCACAAGCUCUCAGCGCGCCAUGGACGUCUGUCAAUAACAGCAAGACUAUCUCCUCUGAUAAAAUAGUCGGCGUCUUCGAAGGGAGUGCCGUGCUUGUCGAGACCCUCACGUUUCCAGUGGACGACGAUGGGGAGCUUUCGGACAUUUUGGAGGAAAGGUUCUCCAAGAUUGUAAGGCUUUUGAGCAGUCAGAGCGAUCCCGACUUCCGAGUGCUGCGCUGCCUAAGGUACUGCAAACAAAUAUCCGCGAACUCGGGUCAACUCCGCCUCAUUUCGUGCCUCUCAGGCUCGAAUGCUACACCGACAACCAGAACGCUUGUCGGCCUGUACCACGGCAUCAAACCUGACCAAAGGCCAUCGCUGGGACUCCGUUUCAAUAUGUGCCACCAGCUUGCAGAGUCGUUAUUCCUGUUACAUUCAGUAGAUUGGGUUCACCGAGCAUUACGCAGCGAAAAUGUCCUGUUUCUCUUCCCCGAUGAAAGUCUAAAUAGGGCAGCCCUUCAGCGAGCAGAAAUUCGGAUUUGUGGUUUCGAGGCUUCGAGACCUUCGGUUGAUAGCUCAUUAGGGCCCUACGACAAUCAACUCGCCAGAAAUGUGUACAGACAUCCAAAGAGAUGGGGAACUCCACGGGAGACGUUCACCCAAGUCCAUGAUGUCUACUCACUCGGCGUGAUCCUGCUUGAAAUUGGCCUAUGGGAGAGGGCUGAAGACAUGAUAUCUGGUCUGAAGCCUGAACAGAGGCUUCCAGAGAAGGUUACCCAGUAUCUCUUAAGACACGCAAAUGAAAGACUUGCACAUCGGUGUGGCGACGUGUUCGCUAAUGCGGUUCGGAGGUGUUUGACUUUGAACUUCGACGGAGGCGAUCGUGCAGAGCCAACGAUGAGCCUUACAGACUCGCACAGGGACAGCCAGCAAAGAUUGCAUAAAGGAUUUCUGGAGCAGGUAGUUGAUCCUCUGAAGAUACUAAAGGAUGUCGUGUGA